GGCACGUGAUGCGAGCGCCGCGGUCUCCGCGCGCCGGAGCGCAGAGACUCCCGGCUCCUUCCCCCUCCCUCCGGCUCGUGACAACGAAGCGUCCGCGGUCUGAGGUGGCGGCGGCGGCGGCGACGGUGCGACCGGCUGAGCGCGAGAGGGAGCCGGCCUCGCGGCCCGGCCCGCCCCGCCCCCGGGCCUUGGACUCUGCGCUCCUCCCCUCUCGGCGCUUCCGUUGCGGCUGUUGGUCCUGCGCGGGCCCCGGGGCCAUUCCCGAGCCCGAGGCGCUGGUCGGCCCCGUCGCUGCGCCCGUGAGCUGCGGUGACGGAGCUCAGCGCGGCCUGGAACUCAGCUUCCGCCGGGUCUGGGCUCCGGUGCCCGGCUACUCCUCUUGGCCGCAGACCGGGAGGCCCUGGUGUCCGCGCCCGUCUGCUCCUGCUGCCCGUGUUCUUUGGAGCGCUCCUCCCGACGGCCGCUUUCGGAGGCGCCGUCUGAGCGCGUGGUCCCGCGCUGCAAGUUCUCCCGGGGCGCCCGGAGGCUGCUUCCCCGACCCCUUGGUGUCCUCGGAGUGGCUGUGCGGACGUCGAGUCGGCAUUUCUUCGCUUCCUCCUGGGUCGGCGCGCGGCGCGGCACAACAGGCUCCCUUGGGCGCGGGGACCUGGCCAUGGUCCGAGGCGCGGGCCGCCCGCCCGCAGGGAGCCACGGCUCGGGAGCCCACCGCUAGCUGCGCCGCCGCCCGGGGACCGGCAUGAGGACCGCCGCGGGGGGACGUCUGCGGCCCGCGUCGGCUCUGGGGACAAAGAAGCCAUGCAGUGACACCCGCUAAGACUUGUUGGUAGCCAUGUCGGAGCCCCACAAGGUCCAGUUCACCUCUCUCCCAGGUUCCCUGAAUCCUGCAUUUUUGAAGAAGUCCCGGAAGGAGGAGGCUGGGGGAGCAGAACAGCAUCAGGAUUGUGAGCCAGCCGCAGCAGCUGUUCGGAUUACACUCACCCUCUUUGAACCAGAUCACAAACGCUGCCCAGAGUUCUUCUACCCAGAACUGGUGAAGAAUAUCCGAGGGAAGGUAAAAGGCCUUCAGCCUGGAGACAAGAAGAAAGAUCUGUCAGAUCCUUUCAAUGACGAAGAAAAGGAAAGGCAUAAAGUGGAGGCCCUUGCCCGGAAAUUUGAAGAAAAAUACGGUGGAAAGAAACGUAGAAAAGACCGAAUACAGGACUUGAUCGAUAUGGGGUAUGGUUAUGAUGAAUCCGAUUCCUUCAUCGAUAACUCUGAGGCGUAUGAUGAGCUUGUUCCUGCUUCUUUGACUACGAAGUAUGGAGGAUUUUACAUUAACUCGGGAACCCUGCAGUUUAGACAAGCAUCAGAGUCUGAGGAUGACUUCAUUAAAGAAAAGAAGAAAAAAUCUCCAAAGAAGCGGAAGUUGAAGGAAGGUGGUGAGAAGAUAAAGAAGAAGAAAAAAGAUGACACUUAUGACAAGGAGAAGAAAUCGAAAAAGUCCAAGUUUUCCAAAGCCGGCUUCACAGCCCUCAAUGCCAGUAAGGAGAAGAAGAAGAAGAAAUAUUCUGGGGCUUUAAGCGUUAAAGAGAUGCUAAAGAAAUUUCAGAAGGAGAAAGAGGCUCAGAAAAAAAGGGAGGAGGAGCAUAAGCCUGUUGCGGUCCCAUCGGCGGAAGCUCAGGGCCUGCGAGAACUGGAGGGUGCCUCUGACCCCUUGCUCUCACUCUUUCGCUCCACUUCUGACAACGACUUGCUCCAGGCGGCCACUGCCAUGGACUCGCUGACGGAUUUGGACUUGGAGCAUCUGCUCAGUGAGUCUCCAGAAGGAAGCCCCUUCCGUGAUAUGGAUGAUGGAAGUGAUUCCCUUGGGGUGGGAUUGGACCAGGAAUUCAGGCAGCCCUCUUCUCUCCCCGAAGGCCUGCCAGCACCCCUGGAGAAGCGCGUUAAGGAGCUGGCUCAGGCUGCCAGAGCUGCUGAGGGGGAGAGCAGACAGAAGUUCUUCACCCAGGAUAUUAAUGGAAUCCUAUUAGACAUAGAGGCACAGACUCGGGAGCUGAGCAGUCAGGUCCGCUCUGGGGUGUAUGCCUAUCUCGCGUCAUUCCUGCCCUGCAGCAAGGAUGCCCUGCUCAAGCGUGCUCGGAAACUUCACCUCUAUGAACAGGGGGGGCGUCUGAAGGAGCCUCUCCAGAAGCUCAAGGAAGCCAUUGGCAGGGCAAUGCCGGAGCAGAUGGCCAAGUACCAGGACGAAUGCCAGGCACACACACAGGCAAAGGUUGCCAAGAUGCUGGAAGAGGAGAAAGACAAGGAGCAGAGGGACCGGAUUUGUUCGGAUGAGGAAGAAGAUGAAGAAAAAGGGGGCAGGAGGAUAAUGGGACCUCGGAAGAAGUUCCAGUGGAAUGAUGAGAUCAGGGAGCUACUAUGCCAGGUGGUGAAGAUCAAACUGGAGAGCCACGACCUGGAGAGGAACAACAAAGCCCAGGCUUGGGAGGACUGCGUGAAGGGCUUUCUGGACGCGGAGGUCAAGCCCCUCUGGCCCAAAGGCUGGAUGCAGGCCAGGACUCUGUUUAAGGAGAGCAGACGAGGCCAUGGGCACCUAACUUCAAUCCUGGCCAAGAAGAAAGUUAUGGCUAACCCUUCUAAAAUCAAGGUGAAGGAAUCGUCUACGAAGCCUGAUAAAAAGGUUUCUGUCCCAUCAGGACAGGUUGGUGGCCCCAUUGCUUUGCCCUCAGAUCACCAGACAGGAGGCCUGAGUACUGGGGCCUCGAGCAGGGAGCUCCCAUCCCAGGCAUCGGGCAGCCUUGCUAACCCUCCUCCUGUCAACGUGGAGGACUCAUUGGAUGAAGAGUUGAUCCGCAAUCCAGCCUCCUCUGUGGAAGCUGUGUCCAAGGAAUUGGCUGCAAUGAAUAGCAGAGCAGCUGGGAACUCUGAAUUCACACUGCCUGCACCCUCAAAAGCACCUGCAGAAAAAGUUGGAGGUGUUUUAUGUGCAGAAGAAAAAAGGAACUUUGUGAAGCCCAGUCCUUCUGCUCCACCACCAGCUAGCUCUCUGCAGUCACCCCUCAAUUUUCUGGCAGAACAGGCUCUGGCACUGGGGCAGUCCUCUCAGGAGAAAAAACCAGAGAGUUCUGGCUACAAAGAGCUGUCCUGCCAGGCUCCCCUCAAUAAGGGCCUGCCAGAAGUACAUCAGUCUAAAGCAAAGCACCACAGCUUGCCACGGACGUCUCACGGGCCCCAAGUGGCAGUUCCCUUGCCUGGCCCCCAGGUCAAAGUCUUUCAUGCUGGUACUCAGCAACAGAAAAACUUCACGCCCCCAUCUCCGUUUGCCAAUAAGCUCCAAGGCCCAAAGGCUUCUCCCCCACAGUGUCAUCGUUCCUUCCUGCAGUUAGUGAAGACAGCGGCCAAAGGCCAGGGCUUCCAUCCCUCUGCACCAGCCACCUCAGGAGGCCUGCCAGCCUCCAGCAGCAGCUCUCACAAGACCCCAGCCUCGUCCUCUUCUGCCCUGAGCCAUCCAGCAAAGCCACACACAGUCAGUUCUGCAGGCUCGUCUUACAAGAAUAAUCCCUUUGCCAGCUCUGUCUCCAAACAUGGGGUUUCUUCUGGCAGCUCUUCCUUGGGAGGAACACCAGUCCAGAGUUCUGCUUCUGGGAGUCUGGUCCCUGGCAUACAGCCUCCCUCCGUGGGACAGGUCACCAGCCGACCUGUCCCAAGCUCAGCAGGGAAAAAAAUGCCUGUUUCCCAGAAGUUGACCCUGGUAGCGCCUCCAGGCGGUCCAAACGGAGAUUCCAGUGGAGGGACCCAGGGAGUGGCAAAGUUGCUGACCGCGCCCCUACCCUCUUCAGUCAGUGGUGUGACAUCAUCUACCUCCUUGUCAAAAGGAGCGAGUGGGACCGUGAUGCUGACCGGCUCCUCUUUGAUGGCUUCACCCUACAAAUCCAGCAGCCCAAAACUGUCUGGGGCCAUGAGCUCGAACACCGUGGGAAUUAUAACCCCCGUCCCUAUUCCUGUCCACGUGCUCUCCUUCAGCGCUGACUCCUCUGCCAAAGCAGGGGUCUCCAAGGAUGCCAUCGUCACAGGCCCUGCCCCCGGGCCCUUCCACCAUGGCCUUGGCCACAGUCUUCUGGCUGGCUUGCACUCCAGCCCGCCCCAUGCAGCGCCUCUCCCACACGCUGCCGUGCCCACCCAUAUCCCGCAGAGUCUACCAGGUGCUUCUCAGCUUCACGGGAAAGGGCCUGCUGUACCACGGAAAUUGUGACCGCUUCAGAGGCAAGGCUUGCCACUUGGGUCUGGGUGGAAUCAGAACGUGCAGGUCUCCCAGGAUGGACACUCACUGCGCCCUUUCUGCUGCUUGGUGUUCUUCUGGAGGAGCGUGAGUUCUCAGUGGAGCGCUUCUUGGCACUUCUGACAUGCCUCCCACGGAGGGAGCUGGGUCCUCGCUGCUCAGGAGGUGCAGACUAUCCUGUGCUCUGGGCCUUGUGGCUCUGUUGCUAGACGGUUGUUAGAGGGGCAGCUCUAGGCUGGGCCAUGUGCCGAGCCAUGGUGGGAGGCGUGGUGUUUACAGGCUCUGGUGGCAGAGCAGUUGGCACACCUGCGGGUGAAUCUGCCUGACCCCCUGGCAUUUGGUCAGAGUACCUCAGAGCACCCCACUGCUCAGGGGCUCCUUCUGGCCGCAGUAAGCUCCCUGGAUGGUCACAGUGCCACCUCAUCCCCAGGCUGUGUGCUCAAGAGAACAAAACCCAGGCCAGAGCCACAGCUAGGAGACCUGCACUGUCCCUGCAAAAUACUAGGAACACCUAGGGUGUGCGCACUGUGGGGGCCAGUGUCUCCUCGGAACAUGACAAUGAAGCUCUUUUAGAGAAAAGACCUUUGUAGAUUCAACAAUUGUGACAGGAUUUUUACAGACACCUAUUUUGGGCUCAGUUUUCAUCAUUACCAUGAAAUGCAUUGGAUAGAAGGGGACUGUUCUUCACACAUCAUGUUAUAGGAAGACAAUUCCGGUGCCUUUAUGGUGGAGCAGAAUUCGACCACACAGGUCCAUUCAGCCCUCUGAGUGGCUCUGAGGUGAAGACCUUUUUAAAGAUACGUCUGUAUUCAAGGCAAAGCCAGUUUUGAGUUUUUUACACGUGCACAUCAUUAUCUGUGCCGUCCUGACUAGAAGGGUGUCUGGGCCCCCAAAUUCCAAGUCCCAGUGUAGCCAGGGCUCCCAUUUUGCUUUUCCAGAGUUUGUGGAGUUGGACUGCAGAGCCCAAAGCCCUUCAUCUUUCUGAGGGUCAGGGAUACCAGGGGUCCCGAGUCACAGAUAGACAUUCCAGUUUGUCUUCUUAGGAAUCAUUCGUAGGCAGUGCGGCAGAAGCAGGCCUCUGUGAAGUGUCUGCCAGGUAGCAACAGGCCUUGAAGUCCUGGGGCCCUCCAGGCAGUGGGGUUAUGUGUCGACUUAAGGAUGAUGUGCGGAAGAGCUUGAGGAGUGGAUCAGAGAGACUAGGACAGUUACUGCAGAGCUCCUAAGUCACCACUCAACCAGUGGCUCUUUCACAAGGAUUUUGAGGGCACUUGCCUGUCCUGUGAGGUCUUUGCCACAAGGUGAGUCUGAACUGACUGCUCCAGCUAAGUGAUCUCAGGCACGUUGAGAGUAUAGUGUCCCCAGCACGUGCACCUGGGGGAAAACGGAUCGCUCUUGGCUCCUGACUGCCGGGGUACAGCGCCCAGUAACUCCUCCUUCAUUCAGAGGUUUACUGGCCUUCCUGGUUUCCCAAGGAGCAAGACCUCUGUCCGCCCUUUGGCCCGGCCUCUGCUCUGACUCCUUUUUUACAUAAGAACCAAUCUGUGUUUCACAUUGGGCUAAGUGGAUUCCUUAUCCCUUUAUUAUAUAUAUUUUUUGCAACUUGGAUUUCCAGUUUGUUUACAGAGUAGUCUUAGGUAGUAGCAAAAGAGCCAAAGAAGAGAUUUGUAUUGCUGAGCUCAAAGCCAAGCAGAGGCCGGCAGUGGAGGCUGAGCAGGGACUCUCCAGGCUUCUCUGCCCAUAAACACCCAGGUCCCAGCCCCUCCUUCCUUUCCCUUUGGUGCUCCCUCCUCCCCAUGUACCAUUGCGCGCGCAGCUGGAGCAGAAUACCCUCAUUUUUAGGAAUCUAGUGAUGCCUCUUGCCUCAGGGAAACGUUUCUUUGAUGGGGAGUUUGAGAUUUCUUUUUGUUUAUGCUUUAUUUGUGGUAAUGAAAGAGCGAAUGACUGAACAGCCAUGGCAAGGCAGAUCUACAGGCGAGGCCGCAGCAGAGGGUAGGGCAGAGCGGCCUCGGGGUCUGGGGGCUGCAGGGGUUUCCUUGGUGCGGCGAAAGUCUCUGAGCACUUACCGGGCGUGGCCGUUUCUUAUGUGUGAGAGGGGCUGUGGCUUUUGUGCAGCAACUAUGUUGGUGUUAGGGGUGGUGUGGAGAUUGUUAAUCUUGUAUAAAGUGAUUCAAUAAAUUGUUUCAAGGUUUCCAAAA